CCCCACCCGCGCGCGGCUCCCGGCUCCGCGGCGCGCGCCACGAGACGCGGCUGCGCCCGCACAAGAUGGCGGAGCUGCAGAUGCUGCUCGAGGAGGAGAUCCCCGUGGCGCGACACGCGCUCAUCGAGAGCCACCGCAACCUGGAGCGAGUGGCCGACUACUGCGAGAACAACUACAUACAGGCACAGGACAAGUGGCGGGCUCUCGAAGAGACCAAGGCAUACACCACCCAGUCCCUGGCAAGCGUCGCCUACCAGAUAAACACUCUCGCCAACAAUGUCCUGCAAAUGUUGGAUAUCCAGGCCUCUCAGCUUCGCAAGAUGGAGUCUUCCAUCAACCACAUAUCUCAGACAGUGGACAUCCACAAGGAGAAGGUGGCACGGCGUGAGAUUGGAAUCCUGACCACCAACAAAAACACGUCUCGCACUCACAAGAUCCUGGCACCAGUCAACCCUGAGAGGCCUGUGCGCUACGUGCGCAAGCCGGUGGACUAUAGCGCACUGGACGACGUGGGGCAUGGUGUGAAGUGGCUUUUGAAAGUCAAGCAGGGAGGAAACCCCAAUGGGAGAACAAGUAGCGUGAGCGUUCCGCGAAGCACACCGCCCACUCAGAGGCCCCCCAGCCCACCAGCGGGUGGUCGUGGCACCAUGGGGAGGAGCUCGCCCUACCGCACCCUGGAACCUGUGAGGCCGCCUGCUUUGCCCAACGACUACUCAUCAAGCCCCGGCCGUGCCACACCUACGUACCCGCCUCAGCAGGAGGCACAGAGUCCUUCGCGUACCGCCUCUCUCAACCAGAGGGCACGCACAUACAGUGGCAGCAGUGGUGGCAGCCGUAGUGGUGGCAGCCGGGAGAACAGCGGCAGUGGCAGUGUGGGCGUUCCGAUACCGGUCCCCACUCCAUUCAUUCCUAAUGCUUACGGGCCAGCUGCCCCGUCCCCUUUGCCACCUGAUGGCCUCACUUCUCCACUGCCCCUGCCUCCUGCACCAAUCACAGCACCCAUGAUGGGUGUGCCGCCUCCUCCUCCCCCCCCUCCUGUGUUCGGUGCUGGUCCUGCACCCCAAUACAACUCGAUGCCCAGGCAGAUGUCACGACACAACUCGGCCACAUCCAUCAGCUCAGGCGUUCCCCGCCGCCCACCCUCGGUCACUUCACAGUGCUCGCAGCUCAACGGAGGUCCCUUCUACAGUCACAACCCGAUGAUGCAAGCACCACCACCUCCACCGAUGCCUCAGCUCACCCCACAGAUCCCUCUCACAGGCCUCGUGGCACGCAUGCAGGAGAACAUCACGGAGGGCCCGUCACAGCCAUUGCCACCGCCGCCUGAAGAGCUGGCUGGGUUUGGAGCGGGGCCUGUGGAGCCGCUGAUGCCACCACCUCCACCCGGUGACUACGAGGAAGAGGAGGCUGCUGUUGUGCAGUACUGUGAUCCCUAUGCUGAGGCUGACCCUCCAUGGGCACCCAAAAGCUACCUGGAGAAAGUGGUAGCCGUGUAUGACUACAACAAGGACAAAGAGGACGAGUUGAGCUUCCAGGAGGGCUCAAUAAUCUAUGUCAUAAAGAAGAAUGAUGACGGCUGGUACGAGGGCACCAUGAACGGCCAGACGGGGCUUUUCCCUGGAAACUAUGUUGAACCCAUCCUACACUACGCCAGCUAGAUUUACGCUCUCUGGUCUCAGCGUUCUGUGCCCCUCCGAUGCGUCACUCUUGCCAAAUACCAAUCCAUGGGACAGACUUCUUGCAGUCCUUGCAGCUUUGGACUUUUAACUGCUGCAGCAUUUCAACAACUAUUCUGUUGGUGGAUGAACAGUACUGUAUAGAUAUCUUGUCCUGUGCAGAUAAAUCUUGCCACAAACUUUUUGCAGCAGUACUUGUGUAUGCGAUACUUGGAUACAUCUCUUAAGCUUGUCAAAAAUCAAGAUUUUUUUAAUAUACUGGUUAUUGUGGUUGUAGAAGUGUAAUUUAAAAUUAAGUUAAUUUUCAUGUUACAAAACGAAACAAUGGUGUUUUAAUGCUGAAUGUUUUGCUUGAUGGACUUAGCGUAAUCUGGAUAAUUUUUGAGUGCCACAGCUGUGAUGUGGGUUGUGUGGUGUGAGAAAAAAAAAUGCAACUACUGCUUAGCAGAGAUUUAUGGAAAGCUCUAGUGAUUGUUAAAAUAAGAGCUACACUUUAAUAACAUCUUGCAAAGGCUUUAUUUUAUGGUUACUGGAUUGGAUAAUUUUCACAUGUUUGAGUAUCUACAAAAUAGACAAAGUUAGUAUAAGCUAUCCUUAUAAUUGGUCUGUAAAUAACAUUCUAUUGUGGAAAGUACUUGUCAGUCCACAAUGUACGGGCCAUUUUAAUUUCAAGUUGUGCAGUGCAGUAUUAUGGUUUCAUUUUAAGCUUUCCUCACUUGUGCAGAUUGGUGUAGCUCGGUGAAGUUGGAAGGAAUCAAUUGUUGCCAAGGCAUGUGAAGAUUCUAAAUUUCAUUACAUUUAAUGGUCUGUUUCCACAACAAUUGAAAACCAUUGCCUUAGAGAAGCAAUAUCAUAACUUCUCAUUGGCUUAUUUGCAUGCGAUACAUUUUUAAGAACACCAAGUGUACAAAUUUACCCCAGACUUUCCACGAGCCACAUAGCCAAAGUAACUCGCAUAAUGCAUGCUUACAAAAUUUAGUUUACCUUGAGGUACUUUAAGCAUGGCAUGUUUAAAAGGUGUUAGAAGCAGCUACCCCAACUGUGUUCACACCUUGCUAUGGGAUGUCUGCAUUUAUCCUAGGUGUGGAAUGCUUUUGUGAACAAAUGUUUAUAUUCCGAAUUUCUCCAACGACUGGAAGGACUCACUUUAUUAUAGGUCAAUGACUAAGAGCAGCCGAGGUUGUGAAAGAACAUAAUUACUAUAGCUAUGUACCUGUUGCAUUUUGUAUUUGAGCUUCCAGAGUGUAUUGGUAAUCUAAGGCUCAAAAAAAACUGUGGCAGAGUGGUUUUUGUACAUCUUUGUAAACUUAUAUGUAAUAGUGAUUGUUCUGACUUUUGUAAUUGUUUAAUGUUAAGUCACUGCUUGAUUUUGAAAUGUGACCAGGUGGGGCCAAUUGCUACAACAGCAUCUAAUCCUCAGUUGUUUUUUCAAGACUGCGGUUGGCCACACAUAUACUACUUAACAGUUGGAUAAGCUGUACGUGAAACAAUGCAUCUUAAUGCAGCUUUAUAAUAUAUAUGUAGGAGGUAACUGAGCUCAACCUUCAAGAAUUCCUUGCUUGUUGCUACUUUAAGGUCUGCAUGCUGUUUGCAUAUUUCUGACAUUGUGUAUAUAUUAUGUACAAACAUUUUCCAAAAAAUAAAAUAAAAACCUACGCAA